UGGUACAAGGCUGUUGUGAAUAGCUCUGUACCAUGUGACCUCUGUGAUCAUUCACAGAUUUCACACGUAGUAAGCAAUGUCAGAAGUGAGAUCUUGCUUACUACUAUUCAUGUGAUCACUGAUUGGCCAAUCAGUGAUCACAUGAUUGGGACCUCACACAGAGGUCCUGUACAGCGAUCGGUGUCUGGAGGACACAGUGGGCACCGGAUCAUGGUCCUGAGCGCUCCCAGGGAGUGUGCACAGCCUGAAAAUGUGGGUGCCAUUUAUGAACGGCAACCCGCCCCUGCACUGCUCCCAUUCCAGACGUUACAUGGGCCGGACAGGAAGUGGUUA